UGACCAAUGGAAAACACGAACUGUUCAAGAUGUUGCUGAAGAUAUGUAAAAAUAACUACCAGCGUCUUUCCUUUAGGACGAGGAAUAUGAUUUCAAAAGUGAAGAGGAAGCAGUCACCACUAGAGAUUUGCAAGAAAAUUCAUAGUGGACUCUCCAAAGUUGGUAGAUACAGAUGGAGUAUUGGGAGAAGAGUACUCUAAGGAAUGCUAUUGAUGAGGGAUAAAACAAGGACCAACCGAGAAUGUGGCGAAUUCUCCGUGAGAUUGUAGAAGGAUUAUUUUAUGUUCUUUCACUUGUAGAUAAAAAUGUGAAUAAUUUUCGUUUAGCUCAGUAAAUAUAUAUAUUUAGGCUUAUUAUUUGCUAUUUUCCUCUAAUUUUUGCCAAUAGGUUAUGAUUCAGGUAAACGCAUUUCGUCAUUUUUGGUUUCCUAUUGUUACAUCUUUUAGGAGUUUUCUUUAAAAAGUCAACUAAUGUCAAGCAAAAAGAAACCGCUGACCCUUUACUAAGUUGUUUGCAGUUUUGCUUUCCUACACAACAAGUGGCGGGAAGACUGUAAUUAUGGCGCGCUAUUCCUAGUCGUCCUUAUUUUUACUACGAUGUCGAGCAUCGAAGAGACUUAAAAUGAAGCGAAGAACUUCCACGAGGCUACAACAAAGGAAAUUAUUGAAGCUUGAAGUGAACUAUGCUGAACCCAAAGAUAUCAGCUCAGAUGAAAUUGAUGAUAAUGAAGACAAUGAUAACACUCAAUAUGAAGAAAAUUGUGAAAGUUCAAGCAGUAGUGAAGAUCAAUCUGACGACAAUGACGUGCAUGAAAUGUCAGAGUACGAGAAACAGAGACUUGCCAACAUUAGAAAGAACAAAGAGUUAUUGGAUUCAUUGAAAAUUAACGAGGAAAUCAGCCAUCUGAGGGCUCGUAAACAGCCAACAAAGUUAAAGAGGCCUGUUAUGAAGAAAAAGGUUGUGGAACCAGUACGGCGUUCCCCCAGGAUCAGUAAAGAACGAGCCUCGAAUCAAUUUGAAAUGAUUACUCUGCCAGACUUAAGAAUUUAUCCAGCUGAUGAAGAAAGGAUAAAGGGUCCUGUCGAUGCAAACCCAAUAAACGAUGUUGGAGACGAUGCAAAUAAGAAAUUCAUGAAUUCCUUAGAAUUGCUUUCCAACGAAACUAAGAUGACGACGAACGUUGUUCCAGUUGAAGCAUCUUCCCCACAAAGUUACAAGCAGAGAAUAUCAAAAUUUUUUUUGACGUCUGAUCGAAUACGAAAAGUUGUUCCAAAAAGAAUAACGACCUUGGCGUUUCAUCCAUGUUGCGAUAAAACGAUUGUGGCGGCCGGUGACAAUGCUGGAAACAUUGGCAUUUGGAAUGUGGACGCAAGCAAGGAAGAUGAUGAUGUCAUCAUGUAUCGACCACACGCCGGUAACGUUAGACAAGUAUAUUUUCAUCCAUUCAGAAACAAUAGUCUUUUUUCUUCGAGUGUCGAUGGCUCUUUAAGACGAGCAGACUUUAAUGGUUGUACUUUUGAAGAAAUUUAUGCAACAGAUGAUCACAUGAUUAACGGUUUUUCGUGUCCUCUCAACUCGCGGGAUAUUUUUUUAUUAGCACACGACGCUGGCUAUGUGGGAGUUUUGGAUACUAGAGAAACAAAGAAUGAGGUGAAAACUCAUGUCUGUCACGGCAAAAAUGUCAAGUGCAUCGAUUCAAGCAGUUCAAACGAAUAUCUCUUCUGCACUUCGUCGAGCGAUGCGACUGUUGCAUUAUGGGAUUUACGUCCCAUAAAAGUGCAUAAUUGA